AUGUCUGCUGGCACGGAUAAAUGUGACCUCGAAAAGGCGGAAAAUCCCUACGCGUUGGGCAACGCCAAGGAAGUCCCCUUGUCCUCGGCGUUUCCGGCAUUCACUGCUCUCAACAGACGUAGACGUGUAACUUGCAAAUCCUGCCAGCUGCCUAUUGGCUACGUAGGGAUGGAUAUGUGCCAUAUCGAUGCUGAUCUCCCGGUGACAGCAAUCGAAUCGAAAGUCAGCUCAGUCGAAGAUCUACUGAGCUCGUUUUGUAUCGAAACCCCAAUGAACGUGAGCCUGCGUCGUGGAGCCAAACGAUGCGAUGGACUAGAAGUUCCACCCACCACUUUCGUCGUGGAGGCUUCCAAGAUGAACUAUUGCGAAGCCGACGAGAUCAUCUGCGAUGGAUGUGGAGCCUGUCUCGGAGCCCGAAUUGCCGAUUUUGUGGAGAAAAAAGAUGGAGACGAAGGUGACUGGCGUGAUGUUGACUGUGGCGUUGUGCCGAAACGCGAGAAACGCUCGUGGUGGUUCAGCUUCUCAAAGGACAACGUGGACAUCGAACCGCUGUUUGGCUUGGUCGGCAUGGAGGAACUCUCGUUGUGGUAUUGCGGUGGGGAACGGUACUUUCACGAGUUUGUUCCAAUCGAGGAGUCGGAUGAGUACUCCAGCAAUUCAGACACCUGGUUUAAACCCUGUGACAGAAUUGAGCAUCACAGCGAACUUGACAAGGAGGUCGCGAACGAACCAUGGCCUCUGUUCUACCAAGACCUCGUCAGGGCUUCUGAACUUCCAGAGGGUACACUGGGCCACCUUAGCGGCAUUGAACUGGCCCAGAGGGACACGGCUGACGCCUUUGAGCGAAUGAACUUAACUAGACUCGUGGCAGACGACUCAGUCCUCACAUUAAAAGAGUGCUGCUCCGAUAACGACAAUGUUGACGGCGUCGACGACGUAAAAUAA